GUAAAAUUGAGGAAUAUGGAGGAGAGGUAAGAGUAAAUUUUGGUUUUGGUGGGCAAAUAACGGAAAUUUUUUAAACAUAACUUUCAGGAUAACAAGGAGUCAAAGGGUUUAGGUCACACUACUCGUCGAUUUCGUAGAAUUUUAGUGAUGGCAAAAAUGUUCUUGAUACAAGAUCAUUGAUGAAUGGUAUCAAAAGCAUUCUCCGAGCUUUGGCUACUGAGUAAAUCGUCCAAACUUGAGCGAAUGAAGACCUCUGAGCGAAUAAAGACCUAUGAAGUAUGUCGAGAUGAGAUACAUACAGAUAGCUAGUACCAUGAGAUAUUGAGAAAAAGAUGGGAAAAGGAACUGGAACGAAACUGGAACAAGAACAGAAAUACUGGAAAACGCGGUGGAGUGUAGAAAGAAUGAGACCCAUGGAAAUCAGAUGGGAAAUGAAAAACCCACCAAUCAAUAAACGAAUCGAGCUGAGUGCAUACACGAAAAGAAAAGGAAAUAAAGGAAAGGAAAGGAAAGGAGGCCAAACGGAAGACAUGUGCGUCCUGCUAGCCAUUUUAAAAUCCCUGCCUGCCCUUUCCUGAAAUCAAUGGCAAAGAAACAUGUGGCCUAUGAAUGAAUCUCCUCAGACGGACAGAAAUGCUCGCACACAGCCAACGGACCAGUCAAUGGAGCUCGUGCCCAUUGACUGGUCCGUUGUGACCGACGGAGAAUCCAGUCUCUCGCUCGCUCUCGCUCUCGCUCUCGCACUCGCUCUGAUUCUUCAUGUUCUUGUUGUGCUUCUUCUCGUCGCUCCAAUGUCCAUGGACUCGCUGGGAGUUGGAGUUGGGGUGGGGGGCGGGAAAGGAGGUGAACGUGGGCGUAUGAUUGUGUUCGGGGCUCGUGGCCGACCACCCUCAAAGUGCAAAGCAUCAAUUUGCUCUCGUGAAAAAAAGUCUUAUCGACUCGUCCACCACUCGAUGGAAGUGAGUGAGUGCGAGGCAUGCAUCGUCCUAGUUCUGGUGUUCUAGGCCAUGGGAAUCUGACGUAUUGCUGCCCUCAAGAGAUAGAUACCCACCCCGACGACGAUCGAAAGUAUGACGAGCGUAGGAGGAGUGGAAGAUGCCCUAGGUCGUGUUAGCCAGAGCGUGGUGACGGAAUAACUGCGUUCCGAAGUUUGUGGCUUCUUAUGCUUCAGGUUUUGCAACGUUUUCCGUCAAUCGGACCAUCGAUACCGGAGGAAUGAAUAGAUCGAGGAGCCCUUGCCACCCUCUACUCCAACAAAACUCAGUGCGCAAGAUUUGCCCAUCAGGUAAGCUCUGUACUCAUACAUCUUUCUAGCAACUUCUGAAUGUCAACCGUUCCGACGUAUGCAUGAUCUACGAACAAGAUAGAGGUCUCACCGGACUUGAAGGCUGGAUAGUGCAGUCCAAUUCGUCCGAAUUAAUCCGAUUGGAUGCAGACAACUCACAACCAGUGAGAUAUACAAAAACGGACCUGCACGGGACAUUUUUUAAACAUAGACUUAUCGUUAGUGCGGAAUCUGAUCCAGCAUUGAGUAUAUAUCUCGUCUUCCAUAUACAGUAUUUGAUAAUAUUUUUACCAAAAUAUGUAAAGCAAAUAUAAAAAGUGUUGAAGUAAUACAAGGAGAAGAUUACGGGACAAGGCCACAGUAGCAGGACAACGAGAAAUAUGUAUCACUGCAAUUAAGAUAUCGUGCCCAUCGAAUCAAAAUUGAUAUACACUGCCGGAGCAUUCAAAGAAACAUAUCUAAC